AUGCUGAGUCAUAUUCUCUCCGAGUUCAUGAAUUCUAUCAUCUAUCAAGAUACUGGAAGGCUGGAAAGAAACCUGGAAGAAGGAGCAACCAGCCAGACUGGAAUGCAGCAACUCUACGAGCUCUUCAAUGGAAAUCGAGUUGAAGUCUGGUCCAAUCGAAUCAUCAGUUUGGGAGAAGUCACCUCAACAAUCGUAUUCACUGACUAG